CGCGUAGCACAGAGCACGGAUUAACGCGAAUACUCAAACAACUGAUCUUAUAAAUCACAUCACAUCGAAAUGCGCAGCUUACUCGUGAUCGCCUGCACCUUAGCCAUGGCUAUGGCCAUGCCUGAGCCACCUUCCCGCUAUGGACCACCGCCAGCGCCACAAAAACAAUAUGGGCCACCACCCUCGGCACCAGCGGAGCAAUACGGCCCACCACCAACACAGCCACCCUCGCAGCCACUACCCGUUUACGGUCCACCAGCACCCUUCUACGGUCCACCACCAGCCACUGAAGCUAUUGUCACCAAGAAUGUGUACGUGCAUGUGCCACCAGAAGAGCCAGAGCUGUAUCAGCCAGCGGCACCUAUCCAAACUGCAGUGCCAAAGAAGCAUUACAAGAUCAUCUUCAUCAAGGCACCAAACCCACCAGCGCCAGCGCAACAAGUGCUCCCACCACCUGUACAGGAUGAACAUAAGACACUCGUUUAUGUGCUUGUGAAGAAACCAGAGGAACAACAGCCAUUAAUAUUGCCAUCACCUGCGCCAACCGAACCCAGCAAACCAGAGGUUUACUUCAUCAAAUAUAAGCAACAACAAAAGCCCGCUGCUCAAUAUGGACCACCACCAGCACCAGCUUCCGAGUAUGGUCCACCAGCGGCGGAGACAUUUUAAAUACCUAGCAAGUACCUUCAGAGAUGUGGUGUAGACGAUGCUACUUGUAUGUACAUAGUUGAGCGCUUACUAUUGUAAAUAGAUUUCAAUCCUCCUACUUGUACUUAGCACCUACAUAUGUAUGUACGUACGUACAUAUGUAUAUGAUUUUUUAAAUUAGUACAAUUUUUUAAGCACCUUCCAGACACAAUUUUUAUGCGCAUAAUGUUGAUUUUGUUAUUUUUUGUUUUUGUUGUUAUACCAAAAGUCCUAUUAAAUUAUGACAUACUUUAAUUUAGGUCCAUUUGGUUUCUUGAUUGAGGGCGGUAUGAGGGUUAGUUUU